AUGAGGAUGCUGAGGUGGAUUUGUGGGCAUACAAGGAUAGAUAAGAUUAGGAAUGAAGUUAUUCGAGAGAGGGUGGGAGUGGUACCUAUAGAGGACAAGAUGCGGGAAACAAGACUCAGAUGGUUCAGACACAUUCAGGGGAGGAGCAUUGAUGCACCGGUGAGAAGUUGUGAGCAACUGGCGGUGGUGGGCACGCAGAGAGACCGCAUGAAAAGGACCAUGGCCGCACAGGUUGCUGAAGGCCUGCGGGUUUCUGCACAGUGCGGACCGCACCAUACCGACCGCGGCCGCGCAGCACCCACCGCAGACCACUCAAAAGCGGUUGCGACUGCGCUCGUUUCCUCGCGGACCACGCUGGAGGGUUCAGAGACUUGGCAAUUUUCCUGA